CGCGCAGACACAAGCUGAGCCUCCAGAGAGGCAGAACGCGAGCAAAACCUCGGCUUUUCCCCCCCGACAUAUUUUUUUCUUUUUUUUUUCUUUUAAAUUCAUAAAUUUUUGUUUUACACCCCGACACUACAGUCUUCUUGUUUUUAUAUUUUUUGUGGGAAGUGUGUGCGGGAUGAACCACGCGUACCGCUGAGGAGUUUCACACCAAGUUUUUGUUGUUGUUUUUUUUUUUAGACUGAGCAUUCGCAGAGCUCGCGCCCAGACUCAGUGGAAACUCGACGACAACAACAAGCGCCAUGCAGGAGUCUGAGGCAAGCGUAUACCAGUUGCAGCCCAACAUCAUCUCGGUGCGCCUCUUCAAGAGGAAAGUUGGCGGCCUGGGCUUUCUUGUGAAGCAAAGGGUCUCCAAGCCGCCCGUGAUCGUGUCUGACCUGAUCCGGGGCGGGGCGGCCGAGGAAUGCGGCCUAGUGCAGGUGGGCGACAUCGUCCUGGCGGUUAACAAUAAGCCUCUGGUGGAGCUGAGCUACGAGCGUGCGCUGGAGACACUAAAGAACGUGUCGCCCGAGAGUCACGCAGUGCUGAUCCUGCACGGGCCCGAGGGCUUCACCACCCACCUGGAGACCACUCUGUCAGGGGACGGUCGGCCCCGCACUGUGCGGGUCACCCGACCUGCCUUUCCACCUUCCAAAUCCUACGAGAAUUGCUCCCCUCAGCUAAGGACCAUUAAGAACCUGUCGUCGCCAUCCAUCACGCUGCUGGCCACCCAGGAUCCCCUGCUGGUGAGGGAGGGGGGCCGCGGCGGUGGCCUGUUCUGUAACGGGCUGGAGGACAACAAUGAGCUGCUGAAGGAGAUCGAGCCUGUGCUGCGCCUCAUCAGGAACACUAAGAAGGAGAUCAACGGCGACAGCCAGAGGAACACCGCCAGCAGAGACGCCGAGAUCCAAGUGGCCUGGGACCUUGGCGUGGGCAACGGGACUUCACCGCAACUGUCGACCGAGAACAAAAGAAGACGGGACAACAUGCCGGUGGUGCUGCACAACAUUGAGGCCGAGCAGGGGUCCGAUGUGGGUAAGACGUCGCCCACCAAGACGGUCCAGAACGGAAGCCCCUCCAAGUGCCCCCGAUUUCUCAAGAUCAAGAACUGGGAGACGGGAAGCGUCCUGAAUGACACGCUCCACCACAGCUCCACAAAGAUGCCUACAUGUGGCGAGAAUGUGUGCCAGGGUUCUAUCAUGAUGCCCAACCAGCACACCCGCAAGCCUGAUGAAGCACGGCCCAAAGAAGAGCUCCUGACUUUGGCCACAGACUUCAUCGACCAGUACUAUACCUCCAUCAAAAGAUACAGCUCAAAGGCUCACAUGGACCGACUGGAGGAGGUGACCAAGGAGAUCGAGACGUCAGGAACGUACCAACUUAAAGAUACAGAGCUCAUAUAUGGCGCCAAGCACGCCUGGAGGAACGCUGCCCGUUGCGUGGGGAGGAUCCAGUGGUCUAAACUGCAGGUGUUUGACGCAAGGGACUGCACAACAGCUCAUGGAAUGUACAACUACAUCUGCAACCACAUCAAGUACGCUACCAACAAAGGCAACCUGAGGUCGGCCAUUACCAUCUUUCCUCAAAGGACGGACUGCAAGCAUGAUUACCGUGUGUGGAACUCUCAGCUCAUACGCUACGCCGGAUACAAACAGCCCGACGGCAGCAUCCUGGGGGACCCGGCUAAUGUUGAAUUUACUGAGAUUUGCAUGCAGCUUGGGUGGAAGGCACCCAAAGGUCGCUUCGAUGUGUUGCCCCUCCUGCUGCAGGCCAACGGGAACGACCCAGAACUCUUUGAGAUCCCCGAAGACUUGGUCCUAGAGGUGCCGAUCACGCACCCCAAGUACGAGUGGUUCAAGGAUUUGGAUCUGAAGUGGUACAGCUUGCCUGCAGUCUCCAACAUGUUGCUGGAGAUCGGAGGACUGGAGUUCACCGGCUGCCCCUUUAGCGGCUGGUACAUGGGCACCGAGAUUGGCGUCAGGGACUUCUGCGAUAGUUCUCGCUACAACAUUCUAGAGGAUGUCGCUAAAAAGAUGUCCUUGGAUACACGGAAGACUUCUUCUUUAUGGAAAGACCAAGCUCUGGUGGAGAUCAAUAUUGCAGUACUCCACAGUUUUCAGGUGUGCAAAGUGACCAUCGUAGACCACCACUCGGCCACGGAGUCAUUCAUGAAGCACAUGGAGAACGAGUACCGGGUGCGCGGUGGUUGCCCAGGCGACUGGGUGUGGAUUGUGCCGCCCAUGUCGGGCAGUAUCACGCCCGUCUUCCACCAGGAGAUGCUCAACUACAGACUCACGCCCUCCUUUGAGUAUCAGGUGGAUCCGUGGCACAGUCACGUCUGGAAAGGAGUCAACGGGACGCCUACCAAGAAACGAGCCAUUGGCUUCAAGAAACUUGCCAAGGCGGUGAAGUUCUCAGCCAAGCUGAUGGGCGCUGCCAUGGCCAAGCGCGUCAAAGCCACCAUCCUGUUCGCCACUGAGACGGGCAAGUCUCAGGACUACGCCAAGACGCUGUGUGAAAUCUUCAAGCACGCUUUUGACGCAAAGGUGAUGGCCAUGGACGAGUACGACGUGGUGGACCUGGAACACGAGACGCUGGUGCUGGUGGUGACCAGCACAUUCGGCAACGGCGAUCCACCUGAGAACGGAGAGAAAUUCGGCGCUGCCUUGAUGGAGAUGCGGCACCCGACAACAAACACCGAAGACAGAAAGACCUACAAAGUUCGUUUCAACAGCGUGUCCUCAUACUCUGAUACCAGGAAGUCGUCCAGCGAUGAGCCAGAAGCCAAAGUCAACUUUGAGAGCACCGGACCGCUCGCCAACGUCAGGUUCUCGGUGUUUGGCCUUGGCUCGAGGGCCUACCCACACUUCUGCGCCUUUGCCCACGCUGUGGACACGCUGUUCGAGGAGCUCGGGGGGGAGCGCAUCCUCCGCAUGGGCGAGGGAGACGAGCUGUGUGGCCAGGAGGAGUCCUUCAGAACUUGGGCCAAGAAGGUUUUUAAGGCCGCUUGCGACGUUUUCUGCGUGGGCGACGACGUCAACAUCGAGAAGGCCAACGACUCACUCAUCAGCAACCACCGCAGCUGGAAGAAAAGCAAGUUCCGCUUGACGUACACCGCAGAGGCGCCUCCUCUCACUGACGCACUCUACAGCAUCCAUAAGAAGCGAGUUUACGCAGCCAAAAUGCUGGAAUCGCAAAACCUCCAAAGUCCCAAAUCCAACCGCUCUACAAUUUUUGUCCGGCUCGACACCAACGGGCACGAAAAGCUUUGCUAUCACCCGGGCGACCAUCUGGGCAUCUUCGCCGGCAACCACGAGGAUCUGGUCACGGCGCUUGUUGAAAAACUGGAGGAUGCGCCCGAUGUCAAUCAAAUCGUUAAAGUGGAGUUCCUGGAGGAGAGGAACACCGCGCUGGGGGUCAUCAGUAACUGGACCAAUGCCAGCCGUAUCCCACCCUGCACCAUCUUCCAGGCCUUCCAGUAUUUUCUGGACAUUACUACGCCACCCACUCCUGUACUCCUGCAACAGUUUGCCACCCUGGCGACUAACGACAAACACAAGAAGAGACUGGAGGUGCUCAGUAAGGGGCUGCAGGAGUAUGAGCAAUGGAAAUGGUUUAAUACGCCUACCCUGGUGGAGGUCCUAGAUGAGUUCCCAUCAGUGCAGUUGCCGUCGACGCUGCUGCUCACCCAACUGCCUCUGCUACAGCCGCGCUACUACUCCAUCAGCUCGUCACCUGACGUUCACCCAGGCGAGAUCCAUCUCACCGUUGCUGUCGUCUCUUACCGGGCCAAAGACGGAGAAGGCCCAGUCCACCAUGGCGUUUGCUCAUCGUGGCUUAACAGGAUCGAAAAGGGUGACAUGGUGCCCUGCUUUGUGCGAAGCGCGCCGUUGUUCCGGCUUCCUAAAGACCACCAAGCACCUUGCAUCCUGGUUGGCCCUGGGACGGGCAUCGCCCCCUUCAGGAGCUUCUGGCAGCAGAGGAUGUUUGACCUCCAGCACAAAGGUGUGGAGUCCCGGCCCAUGAUUCUGGUGUUUGGAUGUCGUCAGUCGGAAAUGGACCACAUCUACAAGGAGGAAACCAUUCAAGCCAGGAACAAGGAGGUCUUCAAGGAGCUCUACACCGCCUAUUCUAGAGAACCUGGAAAACCAAAGAAAUACGUGCAGGACAUUCUUCGCGAGCAUCUGUCCGAGCGAGUUUACCGGUGCCUGCGCGAGGAGGGCGGCCACAUGUACGUGUGCGGAGACGUCACCAUGGCGGGAGACGUCCUCAAAACCGUGCAGCAGAUCAUUAAACUCCACGGAAACAUGAGCUUGGAGGACGCCGGCUUCUUCAUCAGCAAGCUGAGGGACGAGAACCGCUACCACGAGGACAUCUUUGGCGUUACCCUGCGCACGUACGAGGUCACCAACCGCCUCCGCUCCGAAUCCAUCGCCUACAUCGAGGAGAGCAAGAAAGAUUCUGAUGAGGUUUUUUGCUCGUAGGCUGCCAACGCCGAGGCCAGGAUGCAGCAGCACUGCUUCAACAAAACUGUGCCAAUUUUUCUACUGUUAAAAAAAUGGGACAACAUUUACUGUCUUGUAUGUACAUGUUUUUUGUUUGUUUUUUUGAUACUGUUUGUGUUUCAGGCUGCCGCGGUUCUCUUCCACUCGAGUUAACCGUUUAAGUGUGCGCAACGUCUUGAUGAAUAAUUAUCACCUGCCUUCUCCUCAUUGUCGUGAAUGCAUGACUCCAAGAGACGAGAAUAGCCACUAAUAAUCUUGACUGUGUGUGACUGUGCUGCACCGCAAAAGGCCAAAUUGUGUUUUGUCGUCGGUUUCUUUGCACAGUGCAUGCGUAUGGCUGACUGUUUAGCCACUAAAAGAACUCUAGUAUUUCAAGUUCUACAAAGUGACUGUUGUUUAGAUGACGGGCAAGCAUGAUAGAAACCACCCGUAUGUCGCCGAUGCAUUCUUGAAAAAAAACAAUUUUUUUCCCUGACAUUGAAAGAAAAAAAAUCGAUAUAAAGUUUGCAUGCGGGUCAGGAAAAAAUACGGUCCCGGUGAAAGCAGCAUAACUUUUUCUCGGGGGUGGAAAAUGAUCAUAUUUCACUAAAAUGUUGUUGGUGAUAUUACAAUUUCACAAUUUUUUCUAAUGUAAACAAUACGGUAUAUAUAGUUUUUCAUUCUCAACACUUAAGUCUCCUUACAUUAUGAUUUAUUUUGACAACUUUUUUUCUCACCAGAAAAUCAAACUUAAUUCUCAUACAUUACUUUUUUCCCCCCAAAUUUUUUUUUAAAUUUCCAAAUAUUUUGCAUCCUUAUGAAAAUAUGUCAUGCGUGUAAAAAUUGCAAUUAUAGUGUCAUUGCAAUACAACUUAAUUAUAAUAUUUUUUCGUAGUUCUCACAGAUUUGACUUUUCAUCUCCAAAAAUCUACAAUUACACUCGGUGAAAUGAUCUUGACUUGUUUCUCAAAAGAUGCUGCAUUUGUAAUCUUUUUCGCUUAAAAAAAAAAAAAAAAGACCACUUUUUGCUCUAAAAUAUGACUAAAAAAAUAUUAUUCACAAGAACAGUUUCCGUUUUUUAAUUCCGACUUGUCUUCCAAGUCUGUCUUCUGACGUGUUUCAUUGUAAAGCAUGCAAAAAUGAUCUACUUGUUCCCCACUUGCGCCUCCAAAAAUAAAUAAGAUGUUGCAAAAUAUUCGCGAAGCUGAAGUCUUCUUCUACAACAGUUUGACAUUUCGGAGUCGGAUCCUUUGCUUGUCCUGCUUUUUAGUUGGCAUGUUGCACUCAAAAUUGCCGUCAUUUCUAGAGCAAAGGUGUCAAAAUACAGCCUGCCAGGGGAUCCGAUCCAAUCUGCCUGACAGGCAGGUUAUAGCUCAUUCAUACGAUACAUACAAAUUCACAUGCUUUAAUUUUGAUGUUGGCACUGUAAAACCAGACAUUUGUAUGCACAAGUGUGGAAAAAACGUAAACUGAAUACAGUGAUCCCUUGUUUUUUUCAUUUUUCAGGGUUAAAGUGUGUAAAAAAAUUAAAAUAAAAAAUAAAAAGUCCUAAAUAGCAUUAUUAUGUGAAUUAGAAUCAUAUUUUGAGACAAUUCAACUAUAUACAACAAUUUGGCAAAGCGCAGAUAACGAGAAAUGAAUCUUUUAAUCCACCGUUUAGCCACGCCUACCAUUAUAGGGCUCUAGCGUCCCCAACAGGAGGAUGACGGCAGCAGGGUCAAGGUUUCAUCUGAUUUAGAAGUCAGCCCACUGAGGGGGAAUUAUUCAGAACGAGGAAAAUGCACGAACAGAGCCGCAAAAUGUCAUUGUUUCAGUCUCUCCAAUAUUUUUACGGGAUAUGCUUUUUAUGGAAGUAUUUCUCCCCAAUAGCUAAAUAAAUGGUAUAGUCAUGACAAAUAACAAUCUUGCGCUAAAUGGAAUAUGAAAUAAUAAAAAUGCAUUUAUUCUGUACGACAUGGGAAAAUGACCCCAUAAAGGUCAAAACUGUCGACUUCACCUUUACCGUCGCACCGCCCGAACGAUAUUUUAUGCCACCAUAGUUAGUCGGGCUUUCGUAAUUUCGCUACCCAGGCUUCGGAGAAUGUAAACAAACCAAGAGGCAUAACAGCUAGCCGACACGCUAACCCGAACCGAGUGAUGUUUCACAGUCUUUGAAGCAAAAAAUGACACAAAACAAGCCCAAAUCAUUUCACACAGCGGCGGGGUUGUCGAUUGUCUUUGCCGAUCGGCGACCCGCCCGGCGGCGAGCAAGUUAGAGCUCGUUGUUUGCCUGCUGCGGGCAGAGGGCUCGUUUGCAGGGAAGCGGCUGGACAAUGACCGCUGGACAAACCGGCGGACGUGGGAGGAGCGCAUAGCAGCCAUAUGGUCAACACGAAUACGGCGUAAAAUAAUGCUUUACUACACGGCGAAGACUUAAACGGUGAGACAGUCAUACGAGAGCGGCUGCAGUUAUGCAGCUAACAUGGUAGGAUGUGUCUGAGAACCUGCAUGUCAGUCCAUGUCAAACGCAAGUAAAUAGUCCUUUAUUUAAAGAAAGUUAAUAGUGUUUACUUCGCUGUAUUCGUGGCCAUGUUUAACAAAAAGUUGCAAUUUCUGAUGGGGUUGAAAAUUUGACAGAACACCGGGCACAUGAUGAGGGCAAUAAGUUGAGUAUAGAGGGGGGUGUGCAAACAAGCGGCCGGUCAUCGGCCGAGUGGCCUUCUCAGUGGACAAGGAGCAUUGUCAGCCACAAAAUGCAAGCCACCUCCGUAUUAAAACGUGUGUCAUGAUCCCAGAAUUUGACAUUAUACAAAACACGUAGUUUACUCUUUUCCUCAUCGGUCCAGUGGUCCCACAGUUGUCGGACUAGUUUUGGCCAUUCUCCGUGGUGAACAGGAACGUUAUGAAACCCAAAAAGGCUCACACGCCUGGUGCAGCAACAAAAGCCUGCAGCACAUUGGGCUGGCGUGAUGCGAAAAAUAAAUCAUCUGCAUGCUAUAAAGCAAUGCUGUAUUGUGAGAUGCUGACCUGGGUGACGUUUGCUUGGUACACCAGACUCACCGCUGUUCCAGCUAUUGAGUCUGGCCACCAUUCAGCGGAUACAAGUUCCAGGGCGGAGCAAGCCACAGCAAACAGACAGCGAAGUGGACCAAUCAGCGACGGGCAGACAUGACGUUAGUAAAACGACGAGGGCAGGACGAGGGACUUGCGCGCGGAAGUAAGCAUACGAGGAGAGCGGAGUUUAUUCAACAUGGCUAGCGCGAGACAGACUGUUGUCAAUGACUCGUGUCGGUGUGUUUUUGGUCAUUUAAAACCGAUUUUACCGUAGAUUUGAACAUAUUCUUGGCUCUCCUGUUCACCAUCUGUGUUGUUGUGGAGACAACUUCCGACGCGCAAGAGUGACGUUGCUCGUUAAGAACACGUCACGCAAAUAAACAAAUCUGAUUUGUCGAUUGAUUUUGUACCUGCUCGAGAGGCCGUUAAUGGGCUGGUUCCCAGACUUUUCUCUGUGUUUGAAAAAUACAGGGAGAACAGUCUGGCCGUGCCAGGCAAGGGUGACGUCACAUUCACAUUCGUCCUCAACCCGAGAUUGGAGCCGGAAGUCACUCCUUUUUUUAUGGCAUGGGAUUCAAAAAAUUGAAUGAAUAAAUUGAUCGCUUCCACACACAUCCAAGCGCGGUCCAUUUCAUUCAGGAGCAUGAAAUAUGACAAGCUUUUUGCUGUCAUAGGCACUUUAAAUGCCUCAUUGAGUGAGUCCACUCAAAUCCGCUAAAGCAGCUCACUUACAAUGAGUUGCCACAGCACCUGCUAAAUGAUGACUGACACAUGUGGCGCUUUGAAGUUUUGGCUUCUCAGCAUCUCUGGCAAGAUCAAUCCUUAACUUCUGUCAAUCAUCGUUAACUUUAAUCAGCAAUUCCAGUGCACUGCCUGACCAAGAAAAGCAACGUGGGGGGACUACGUGAUCGGAUCAAGACAGCUCAUCUGUAUUCUUUUUAAUUGAAAAAAAAUCUGCAAUGGACUGUGGGCGUGAAGUAGCGAGGGAUCACUGUAUUGCGUUGACAGAAGCAAUCGUAUAUCAGGGCACCAGUGUAGUUACUGGAAUUGGCGAAUUUAGUUCACAUGCCAACCUGAAGCAGGACAGUUUCAAACAUUCAGAAAAUCCAAACUAGUGGGGCAAUGGGUCCAAGUAGGAGUUAGUCGCUAUGUCAAUUUUGGAAAUUAUAGAUCACUUUCAAGCCAAGUUGAGAUUUUCCACAUGAAGCGUUUGUUUGUGAUUUAGCCGUAUUCGUGUAUUAUGUUUAUUUCAAUACAAAAAUGUGGGUUAUACUGGGGCAAUUAACGGUAGCAUAUUGAGCAAAAGUUGUGCUAAAGUUGCCCCGCGUCAUUCCUGAGCUUGUGGAUGAAUGUCAUUGUCUCCUGUCGCACUUUUGACAGGCACAAUAUCCGUUAGGUGGCUGGUGUAAAACGUGCGGUCAGACAGCAACGGAAACAGCUUCUUCUAUCGUAUAUGCAGUAAAUGUAUACAUUAUAUAGCCUCUAUACUGUAUGUAUAUAUUCAAAGUGAAAAAUCUCAAGAGUACCAUUUGGAUCUUUUUCUAAGAAUGUAUUUUGAAUAUGUAAAUGAGCCCUAUAGCAUUCAACGAUUCGUUCGAGGUAACGAGAGUCAACGCAUGGUGAUCUCGCGUCUACUGUAUUCAGUAUAAAAGUCUGUUUACAAGCACUGUUUGUCCUGACUUUGUCCAGCAGUGGCUCUUCUUUGCUUUCUUGACAUCUUUAUUUUUUUGCUGCUGCUGCUGCUGCUGCUCCGUAGACAAAGUGUUUGGUUACCUGAAUCUUAAAUGACUUCUACAUGACUUCUAUCAGAAGGCGCACCACUGCAACGACUGUGCAUAUUUAUCUACCAAAUAAAGUUUACCAAACGCUAAUCUGCUGCUUUA